GGCUGAAGAUGGCGAGCCCCGCGCCUCCGGAGCACGCCGCCGAGGGAUGCCCGGCUCCGGCGGUCGGGGAGCAGGCGCUGCGGCCGCCGCCUCCGCCCCGGGCUCCCCCCGAGGAGCAGGGGGAGGAAGCGCAGGAGAAAGGAGCGGUGGCGGCCAGGGCGGGGCGGCAGGUGGAGGAGGCCGCCGGCGGGGUGGCCGCCGCCGUGACCUGGCUGCUGGGGGAGCCCGUGCUGUGGUUGGGCUGCCGCGCGGACGAGCUCCUGAGCUGGAAGAGGCCGCUGCGCAGCCUGCUCGGCUUCGUCGCGGCCAACCUACUAUUCUGGUUCCUUGCACUGACUCCAUGGAGAGUGUAUCACCUGAUUUCUGUCAUGAUACUUGGGCGUGUUAUUAUGCAAAUAAUAAAGGAUAUGGUUUUAUCUAGAGCUAGAGGUGCACAGUUAUGGAGAAGCCUCAGCGAAAGCUGGGAAGUUAUCAAUUCCAAACCAGAUGAAAGAUCCAGGUUCAGCCACUGUAUUGCAGAAUCAUGGAUGAAUUUCAGCAUAUUUCUUCAAGAAAUGUCUCUUUUUAAACAGCAGAGCCCUGGCAAGUUUUGUCUCCUGGUCUGCAGUGUGUGCACAUUUUUUACAGUCUUGGGAAGUUACAUUCCUGGAGUUAUACUCAGCUAUCUACUGUGUAAGUAUGGUAGAACAUUUGGCUAAUUUAUGUGAUGCAUAUGGUAUCAUUUAAUGGUCAACAUGGCCUUCCAUAGUUUGGAAGAGGAGGGAUGGGUCCUUAACUAUACAGCAUAUUGGUUAUCCUUUAAUUUCCUGCUGUACAAAGUUUCUCCUUUUCCUAGAGACAUGUUUAUAUUUUAAAGUUGGAGGAACGGCUGCCAAAAGGCAGGGUUGGUUAUAAGUGAUUUGAUUUGAUUUUAAAUUAUGUCAGUAAAACCAUAAGUAAGCUAUAUUUCCCAUCCCCCACAAACACACUAAUCCCUUUGCCCUUGUGUAUGUUCUGUGGCUCAAAAAAUAAUUAAAACCACAAUGUCAUACCAUUACACCCCCACCAGAAUGAAUAAAAUUU